AUGUUAUCAUUUGUAGUAUUUCGACGUCAAUUUCAAGCAAAUGCCGCAGCAGUGGCAACUGCUCCAGUAUCGGAUGAGCCCUGGAGGAAUUUGGUCGUUCGUAAUGCCUACUUGAGAAAAGUGGAUGAUGGACUGCUGAAACUAGACGAAUUUCAGUUGAGAUUGACCGAUCAACUCGAUGAGUUACUGCAACAGCUGUCACAUUACCACCCAGAAAACACCGACAAUGGAUGGCUGUCGAAAAUUCUUUAUGGACAAGAACGAGAGGUGAAACCGCCAAAAGGAAUAUACCUGUAUGGAAGUGUUGGAUGUGGUAAAACAAUGCUGAUGGACCUCUUUUUUGAGCGAUGUACGCUGAAGAAAAAGUUCCGCGUACAUUUUCAUGAGUUCAUGAACGAUUUUCAUAAAGAUUUUUGCAUUGUUGUAGAAAUGCACGAGCAGAAGUUGGCUAUGCCAUAUCGCUCGUUGACACGUGAACCAAUCGUUGAUCUAGUUCCAGAGAUUGCGAAGAAAAUUUUCGAAAAAUCCGUUUUACUUUGUUUCGAUGAAUUUCAGGUGACAGAUAUAGCCGAUGCAAUGAUCCUGAUGCGACUAUUCAGUGAACUGUUUAACAAAGGCAUUGUGGUAGUUUGUACGUCGAAUAGACAUCCACGUGAUUUGUACAAAAAUGGUCUACAACGUCAUCAAUUUUUGCCGUUCAUUGAUCUGGUUCAAGUGAAAUGUUCAACAGUGUGUCUCGACUCGGGCAUUGACUAUCGCAGGAGUGUCGUUGGGAAGCAUAAAGUAAGCAGCUCAUUUGUUUCACUUUCGUAUUUCGUAAAUGAUGGGCCUGAGGUAGAGGACGCAGUGGAUGAGUUGUUCACAAGAUUGGCUGCACGCGAAAAUGAUUUGACGACUGAUGGGUAUUUUUCAGUAAUACGAUCGAGGACUUUGAAUGUAUUCGGCCGAAACAUUUGCGUGAAACGAUGUUGCGGUGGUGUAGCUGAUAUACCAUUCCAUGAUGUUUGUGUACGACCGUGUGGAUCGCAGGAUUAUUUGGUGCUAUCGCAAGCGUUUCACACAGUGAUUCUUCGUGAUAUUCCCAUCAUGACGCACGAUCAAAGUAGUGAGGCACGACGUUUCAUCACACUGGUGGAUACGUUUUACGAUCAAAAGGUUCGAUUGAUAUGCUCCGCAGAGGCACGAAUCGAAAGUAUUCUACAACUGAAUUCGGAUGAUGUAGGCCUGUCGUCAGAACAACGCAUUCUUAUGGACGAUCUAUCGCUGAAAGAAGGACAAGUGGUGAUAACCUUUUUGCAGGAAGAAUCAAAAGCGAAUGUAUUCUCUGGACAUGAGGAAUUAUUUGCGUGCGACAGAACAAUAUCGCGACUUUAUGAAAUGAGUUCAGAGACGUAUUGGGCACAUCGUGAACCGUCGUGA